GGGCUCUUUCCAUGGAUUGCGUGUGGGUGAGGAAGGAUGGAGAAGGCGAGGCGCUGCGCGUUCCUCUCCACGAUUCGAAGCAUCUGAUGGUGGACAGCAUUGCGGCACACUGGGGACUGGAUGCCGCCACACUCCGUAUAGGUCAGAUCGCUCUCUUCAAGGACGCGAAUGGGAAUUCAGUGAUGGCGGUGGAGCAAAUCGCUCCCGAUCCCAAUGGCGAUGGAGAUGGCCAGUCCCAGCAGAGUCCCUUCGUCAUCACGGGUAAGAGGAAUCGGCCCUCCGAGGAAGAAGCAGAGGCGGCAUUGGCCAAGACGAAGCUCGGGAUUGGAAUUGCGAGAGCUCGCGAGCAGCGGAAGAGAGCAGAGCACCUCAUCGCUCUCUCCAAGCUGUGCCAGAAAGCGCUGUUCAAAGAGUUUUAUGAUGGAUCAAGUAUGUAUUCGUACUCGAUCAGAGACUUGGUUGGCAACCCGAGUGUGUUGCGAGAGGAAGUGGCCAAUUUCGUCGGGACAGUACACAUAACCAGCAAGGCAGAAGCUUCCAGCGUCAAGAAUUGCAAGGGAAUGGUGACACUUAUCAGGCCAGAUGGAAGCUGUAUCACAGCUCUUCGAUGCAUCGACGAGAUCCUUUGUGGUGGUCGCAAGGCAGAAGGAAAGGCGAUCGUGGUGAGCUUUCCACGCAUCAAAGGAGGAGUUUCCUAUGAGUGCAAGGUUGGUGCUCGCCUUUCAUCCUCGGUCGUGUGCCUGGAGCCGCAAGCCCAUUGCUUGCAAGCUUUGGAAGGGUGUUUGAAAAUGGAAGCAGGCAAUCUUCCAUUGUUCGAGCGGCUGUACACGUUCGGCAGUCAUGAGCAUAUGAAUCUUGUCAACGUCUUCUCCAUCGAUCCAGAAGCUUUUCUACCUGCGUCGGUUGUGCAAGACACAGGUGCUCCCGUGUUUGACGAUGGUGGGAUCUUGGCUGGCGUUGUCACGAGUACGUUCCUCGGGAGGCUUGGUAGAGGAGACACAGACAGGAAGCGCAAGCUGCAAUCUUUUCAUGGCAGACAUCUUCAAUGUCAAAAGACUGCAGACCUGGACAAGGUGUUUCACAGAGCAAAACUCCAUUCUAAUGCCUCGGAAUGCAUGCGCGAAGUCUUCCUAUGCAAACAAGCUGCCAUCCAUCUGAACCGAGUCGUCCAGUUUGCUCCAGUGACCUGGAAGACACCCAUUGAUGAAUGGAACGAGGCUCAUCCCCUCGAAAGUUUUGAGAAAGAUCUCCCUCAAGAUCCUCCUGCUUCUCAAGAACCUCCGAGGAGGAAGAACAGAUCAGCACCAAGAAAAUUAAUAUAGAGCAAGAUAUUACCUGGAUAUUCAGGAAAUAUUCCUUACAGUAUUUAGAUCUUCGAAAAUAUUAACGGUUUUGAUUAUAAAAGAGUGAAAGAAAAAUGUGUGGACUAUAACCCGUAAAUGAAACUGAUAGCUACCUUGAAAAA